AUGGAGCAUGCUGGCUUUUGUACUCGAACUUUCUUUUUUACGGUCCGACGGUGGCAGGGCGAUCGGCUGCGGCCUGAGCCCGAGUCUUUGACCUCCUUUGGCACAUCGUGGAGCUGCAAGCGAGGGCAUCGAAGGCCGCAAGCAAAAUGCCGCGGGGCGGCUGAUGAGUUACUCCAUGGUGCAGCAAAUCCUGCAGCCGAAGUCGCUUUUGCAGGAUCUACACUUCAGGUAGUAGGCAUUUUAGCCUGUAAGGACGGACCAGCGGAGGAUAGGUUAUCCAGAUCUAUUGAGUCCGCGCGCGCUGCUUUUGCAGAGCUUUGGGACGGUGGCAAUCCGGACUUGGAACCUGCCACAGCUUCAAUGAAAGAGGCCCUUCAAUCCAGUGAUUGUAGCUGCUGGAGCCAGGCAAGUUCCUGCUUCCGGAGAUCUUUGAGCGCAUGUAGCUUUGCUGCUUGCGAGUUCGCCUUGCUGGUGAUGAAAUGUUCUUCAGGCACGGAGUCGUGGCUGCAACCCGCCAAAAGGCUGGAGGCCCUGAGCACCGCUCUGAGCAGCGCAGUGCAGGCUUUGCAUGAAGCGCCGGAUGACUUUGUGCCGCCACCUCGCUGCGACAACGGCGACGGCGACGACGGCACCAGUGACAAGGGUCGGUGGCGCCCUUUCGUCGUGGGUUCCUUUGGACAGGCUUGUCUAGGCUCCAUGCUGACCUGUCUUCUGAUUCUGAUCCCCGUAGCGGUGUGGAGCACCCAAGUGCUCCCCAAAUCUGGGUCCAAGAAAGCGAAGGCUGGCCAGGAAGACCUUCAUGCCUGCAGAACAGCUCUGAAGGACUUUCUUCAGGCCUUACUUCGUGCUACAGAGCUGCAGUCAGACGCGGUAGCAGCCGCAAAGAAGGAUGCAAGCGAGUUGCUGCCACAGCGCCCCUCGACUGUCGCCGCGAGCCUGUCGGGUCCUGCGCUGGAACAGUUCGAAGCGCUUCGAACCGAGAUGGAGGCAGCGAUCCUUGAGACGCAGCGAAAGCAACUCAAAGGAUUGGGGGACAUGCUGGGACAACGCUCAGCGCUCUUGAAAUCUCGUGGUGCUUUCAAAGUUUGA